AUGGACGUCGAAUCGAGCACCAAAACCGAGGCUUCGCAGCAAGUCGAGGACCUCACCCCUGUCGAUGACAAGAGGCUGGACCGGGUCUACCGGCAUCUGGACUUCCGGAUCAUCCCUGCCCUGUGGUGUCUCUACUUCCUCACCUCUUUUGGAGGAUCUGCAUACGGAAACACCCUGACUAUGAAUUUUGAGGCUGGGCACUCGCUCAAGCAAACUCUCCAUUUGUCGGCUCACGACACGUCUGUUGCCUCUGCGCUGGAAUACGUGGGUUUUAUCCUGUUUGAUCUCCCAAUGAACCUGGCCAUGACCAAAAUGUCUCCUCAAGUCUGGCUCAGCAGAAUGGUCGUUAGUGUUGGUUUGCUCUACACGUGUUACGCCGCUUUGAAGAACGCAGAGGGCCUGAUUGCUAUCCGUUUCUUCUCCGGUGUGGCAGGAGCAGGCGUGUGGCCUGGUAUGACAUACUACAUUUCUCUGUGGUACCCAGAACACCGCACAGCGCGCAGAAUUGGCUACUAUUUCACUGCUGCCCAGCUGAGCGCUUCUGCCGCUGGUCUGGUUGCCGCCGGGUUCCAGAAGAUGGAUAUGACGAGAAACAUGGAGGGCUGGAAGUGGCUUUUCAUCGUCUACGGGUCCAUUACCAUUUUUGUUGGCUUCACCUUAAUCUGGUGGCUUCCUGAUAGACCGGCGCACCUGGCCGGCCGCAGGAAGUCUUUUCUGCCGGAGAAGGUGGCUGUCUUCUUCCGCUCGCCUCAGCCUCUGACCGGCGAAAACUGCCGUCUCCACGAACAGGACAUGAAGGCGCGGUACACCAAGCUGACCUGGGGCUGGAAGGACGUGGUCAGGGUCAUCACCGAUCUGCGAACUUGGCCGCUGGUCAUCAUGUACUUUGGGGUUGUUGGUACCGGAUUUGGCCUUGCUGUGUUCGGUACCACCCUCAUCAGUGCCUUGAACCCAAACUUAUCUGGUAUCAAUGUUUCGCUGCUGUAUGCUCCAAUCUGGCUUUUCGAUCUUGGAGGCAUUUUGCUGGUGACACCGUUCGCGGACAAGUUCAAGAGCUCUAGGCCGAUUCUCUUCAGCGCAAGCACCCUGAUCAUCAUCGUGGGGAUGAUUGUCACAACCUAUGCCCACGGGUUCUGGCACAGAUAUGCCGGCAUGCUCAUUGCCGGCUUUGGUCUUGGACCAACUGUGCCGAUCACCAUGACCAUGUCGUCCGAGAUCAUGCUGCCUGUUUACGGAGACGUCGGCACGGCGGUGGCGGCUGCGCUGGUGUCUGGUCUUGGAAACCUCGGCUCUGUCACUGCCACCUACGCAUUGUACUCGGGCUGGCCAGCCGACGCAGCGAGACUGUACGAGUACUCCAACAUGAUGCUGGUCCUGAUGUUGGGCGUCAGUAUUGUGAGUUGCGCUGUUCUACAGUUCAUGAGAUGGAAGUGGUACCAGUGA